AUGCCGGCUCCAAGGCCAUCUCAGAGCGCAGAGGCCGCCCGCGCCGCUGCCGCUCAGGCCGAAUUCAACGAGAAGAAAUGGGUCUGGGUCCCCGACGACAAAGACGGCUACCUCGCAGGCUGGGUCGUAAAGGAAGAAGAUGACACGGGCGAAGUGGUUAUGGCUGCUGGAGGAGAGGUCCGUGUC